AUGUCCGCGGAGGGCGGCGACUACUCGCCGUGUCCGGCGGAGGCGCUGCCGGAACUGAGCGCUGCCGAGCUGGCGAUGAGCCUGUCGCCUAAGUCGGCGCUGCUGCAGCAGAACCUGUCCCAGCUGCAGCUUCAGCACUCUACCCCGUUCUCCGUCACGGAUAUCCUGUCGCCGAUAGAGGAGUACCGCAAGCUGGAGCUGGCGAACAACCCGCCGUCGCCGUACAGAUCGAAUUCAUCAGGUAGCAGCAUCAAUUCCCCACUGGGGCCUUCCUGUGGGAUGGCGGCUAACCCGUACGCGGUGCCGCUGUAUGGCGGAGCCCCCGUCCAGGGCUAUGGCUGCGCCCCGUCAGACCUGCCACACUACGGAGACAUGAGAGGCGCGGGCUGGUACCCUGCCUCUAACGACCCCAGGUUUGCCAUUUCCAGGCUAAUGACGUCCACGUCUGGCGGGAUGGGCCACGUCAACAACAUGGGAGGGUUGGCCGCGUGCGCGGGACCUGACUCCAAGCCCAUGCAGUUCCCUCUUGCCCAGAGGAGGAAGAGGAGGGUAUUGUUCACACAGGCACAGGUAUACGAGUUGGAGAGGCGGUUCAAGCAACAGAAGUAUCUGUCAGCGCCGGAGAGGGAACACCUUGCCUCACUCAUACAUCUCACGCCGACACAGGUCAAAAUAUGGUUUCAAAAUCACCGGUACAAAUGUAAGAGGCAAGCCAAGGAGAAGGCGAUGGCGGAGCAAAAUCAACACAAUCAGUCGUCAUCAUCGCCCCGACGAGUGGCAGUUCCCGUCCUGGUGAAGGACGGGAAACCUUGUGGCUCUGGGGAGUCAUCAUCACCAGCGCACAGCCACUGCGCCACUCCGACGUCCGGGUACUCUGCCCCGCAGCCGUCGCAGGCGGCGUGCAGCAACCCGCUCGUGUCGUCAUACCGCCAGCCCGCGGCCUACCAGCAACAGUGCUCUGGGUACCUGCCGCUACAGGGCCGAGCCUGGUAG